AUGUCGCCCCUGAGCCCCGGCGCCCCCUUUGCUCCGUUGCACGCCGAUGGCAUCCUCGUCGCUCAAGCCUUUUUCCUCACCCUGCUGCUUUCAGUUGUUGUUGGUUCGUUUGGCCAUCAUGGACAUGUUGCUGCGGACUCCCAGUACAACUACACCAUGGUGAUACGUGAACGACUACUCGGCUAUGACAAGUUGUACGACUACACCCAACGAUGCGACAACUACCUCUACCGUCGACCCUCGAAGGCACCAUGGACGUCAAGUUCCUCGCCAUGUACCACUACCGUCGACGUGUACGUCUACUAUGUGAACGUGUACCCGACGACCCCGGAGACCUAUGUUGCGCCAAGUACCCCCUCGUUGACCCGUACAUCUACAGGAAAACGUGUACCACUACCGUCGAAGAACGAUAGUACCACUACUUCUACUACCGUCGCGGAACGACUUCUUACUCUACUUCCCUCGUCGAACCAGAACCAUUCCGAGAACGCACGCUUUGAAGGUAUAACCCCGAGACGACCGCCCGUGAAAGAAGGCAUGUGUGAUGUAUGA